GAGUUUUUGACUUAAUAUUUCUCGGUUUUACGUUAUGAAAAAUAGGAGAGUUUUGCGUAGAGUAUUCACAAGAAAUGAUAAUUUGUGUUUUGGAAUGCAGCCAGCCAUACAUAUUAUUCUUGGGUCGAAGAUACGAACGCAUCUGUCCUAGCUUAAUGUACUAGGGAUUGCGUUUGUGAAUACUCUGGCAGGAUGUCUUCACGUGACGACACUCGUUUGUUGAUGUUGUUGUUGUUGUUCGUUUAGGAUAGGUUUGGUAGGUGCAUCAACAAACACCUUGAUUAAUGUUCGCAAAACAUAUUUUUGCUACUCAGAUAAACUUUGCCACGAUAAUGAAAGAGUGGAUUGAUCAGCUGUGAACAAGAGGAAAGUGUGAAAACGGUAAAGACUUCGUUUUCUCUGAUUGUAAUGCUCUUCAUUUUGCGGCGCGACACUACACUAUAGGCUGCACAAGAUGCCUAAUCAAUGUAUUAUGUGCAUCAAGAUCACCUCCGUGUUCAAACAAGAAAGAAAAUGCAAGUAUGGCAGCUACUGUUAACAGCGCAGGACAAAAACCAGUAAGUGUGGGAGUAUUUGUUGACGUACCAAAUAGCACACCAAUUUCGCCAGUACAGUUAUCAGCCAAUGAUAUAAGGAUGCCCCAGGAAUCGGGUUCUCAAAAUAUUGCAAAUGGAGACGCAGCAACUUUGCCGCUUCCAACACCAAAUUUUUCAAUUCCUCCACAUUUAAUGGGGCGGAAUAUUGAAAAUCCUGCAGAAGACUUAGUUACACGAGGCAGAAAACCACAAAAGCCACGUCUGGGUGUAAAAGUGCCAUAUAGAAAUUUAACAAGCCAGAUUGUGACCCAGGACGAACUAGCACAAGAACUGCUCGAACGAUCUUUAAAAAAGUAUCCAGUUCAUGACACACCAGAAGGUGGUGAUAUUUUUUUUGCUAUUAAGUUAACGCAGAGACUUGCAAAUCAUAUUGCUCCAUCAUCAUCAUCUAGUUCAGGCGCCACUGCAGCACAACCUACUGAUGUUCUACAAAAGACUGAUUUGUCAGUGAAAUCAGGUAAUAUUGUAUCAGAGAACACUUCUGCCCAAGAACAAAAGGUUAUUGCUGAUGACAAGGAGUUACUUGCUAUACUUGAGGGUGAUGUAGACCCUAACUGGAUACCCGAGAUAAAAGCUACACCACAGUGUCAACUACAAAGAACAGUUCCUUCUACAGUUCCUACAAAUGGAAAUCAUUUCACAACCCCUCCUAAGUUGGACCCAUUGCUUGAAAAAGAACUUGCUUUGAAGCAACUGAUGGAAUUUGAGACAACUCCACGGAAGAAGAAAACAGAUAAAUUGCAAGAAAAGUCGCCAAAGAAAACUAAGCAGAAUGUUAAGAAGCCUGCUAUUGAUGCACUUACUGAAAACAAUGCUCAUAAUGUUACUACUGAAGAAAAGAAGGUACCAAAGGAAAAUGAUGUAGCAGAGUUAAAGAAGAAAAAGAACAGGAAAAGAAAAGCUGUCGUUAUUGCCUCUGAUAAUGUAAAAAAGAAAAAGCUAUCUACUACUAAGAAUGUAUCAGAAAACAUUGAGAAUGGAAGAGCUGAUAGAAGCAAAGUGAAAAAAUUACAAAAAGACUCAAAGAAAAUAAAUUCAACAGAUAAAAAAAUUAGUGAAAAUGUUGUUAAAGUAAUUGAGUCAGUUGUGAAAUCGUCUGCAGAAAUGGAGAAAAUAAAUGAGAGCCAGUCACCAGUUCAAGAUAAGAAAUGUGACCUUUCUGACAAGCCCUCAGAAGUGGAUACAAAAGGACUUCAUAGAGAAUCUAGUGUGGAAAAUGUAAAAAAUCAUCUUGACAAAAACAAAGCCAGUGUAGAAGAGACAAUUUCAACUAAUGCUGUUCCUAAUAAUGCGAAUAAUACACCAGUUUCAGAAAUGUCUGAUCUAAAAAACAGGGCAGAUAAUACUGAGAAAAAUAUCCGUAGGGGUAUCAGUAAAGACAGUGGGGAAGAUCAAAAGUUACCAGAUGCCUCAUCUGGUUCCAAGAAACGGUGCCGAAGAAGUGAAGUAGAUAAAUUACUUAUAGAUGAAGGUGCAAUUAAUCUUUUAUAUGAAGCAGAAUUAGGUGACUCAAGACGAAGGUCUGCAGUUUGUGAUAAUGAUGUUUCUUCCAGUAACAAUCUGAAAAAACCAAUAAAACCGAAACUGAACUCUUCCCGGUGGAAAAAGAAGAAUCUUCUAUUGAAAACCCGCCUUGUGAAGAAUGCUGUUCUGAGACUGAAAUCUUUGCAGAAUCCGGCAGUUAACUUGCGUGCAAAGAGGCAGUUACUUUGCACAUCAGACCACCAGCAGAGUGCAGACAGCAAAAUGGCACCACCCAAACGGAUGGAAUCUCGUGAAACUCUUCGGUCACCACCUCCGUCGACUGUUCACUUUGACCCCCCAUCACCAACUCAGUCUUUACCAUGUCCACCACGAUUGCAGUUACGGGCUGAGGCAUCAAGAAUAAUUCGUAGACAUUCUUCCAGCAGUAAUUUCUCUAGUCGCAGCACAAGCCCAACUGUGAUACCACGUACUAGUUGUGAUACUGGUAUUAAUCAACAUAAGAGUGAACAUGCCAGUGAUGGUCAAAGUGGCAAAAAAGUUGUUUAUGAAUCUCAACUUAAAUCGAUUUCAAAGCAAGGGGCAGAGGCUCGUAAGAAGGGUGUUCCAAUAUUCAUCAGAAAAGCAGAGCCUCUACAGACAUAUAAAGAUAAGAAAGGAAAGGAGAAGGAAUUUAAUGGAACUGUUAGUAUUCAGAAGGAGGUGACAAGUGCAAGUAAAUCUGUUAAAACUUCAAGUACUAGAAUUGCAGAUAGUAAAACACUACCAAGAUUAAAGACAAGCAUAUCACAGAAAGAACAUGAAUCAAAAGAAGUUCUUUUGCCAAAUGCACCAAAAAAUGUUUCUCUUGAUAAAAGUAAAUUCAAUCCAGAUGUGACAAAAAUGCAUCAGAAAAAUUCCCACAAAGAAAAACUCCCAAAAUCAGCUAAGUUAUCUGAAGAAAACAGUGUAAUGAAAGCAAAGAAAAAGGACAGGACACAAAAAUCAGAGGUUACUGGGAUGCCAGUAGUGGUUUCUAGUAGUCUUGAGAAAUCACCAGUUUCAGCAACUGAUGUAGAGGCAGAGCUCACUACUUGUUUAGCUGAAGCUGCAUCAGCUUUUGCAGCAGAAGAUAAAAGUCUCCAAGUGUCAUCGUCUGGUCAAAACACUCAGGUUGUAGCAAGGAGCAAACUAAGUACUCCAAACCCAUCACAGAAGAAAGAUACAAACCGCUCACAUCCACAGAGUCCCAAUGCUGCUUCGUAUGUCACUCUGGUGAAAACUUUAGAGAAUGAUGUUCAGAAACAGAAGCGCAAAGAUGAUGAGCAUGCUAAGUCAAGAACAAGCAUUCGUCAAAAUGCUGGUACUGUGAGCUAUAGGGAACUUAGCAUUCGGCGUUAUAAUGGUCUUGUUCAGAUCAUAAUGAACCCUGCAUCAACAAAAAUGAAAAAUGCACUAAACUUGCAGGUUCUGCGUGAAUUACGUGGUGCAUUAUCUCAAAUGAAACGAGAUGAUUCCUGUCGAGCUGUUCUGCUGACAUCGACUGGUGGUCUCUUCUGUCAAGGUGUUGAUCUGCACUGUGUGCUGCUUUCAAACAUAGAACGGCGGAAGGCAGUAGCACAAGAAUUUGCUUUUGCAAUCAAGGAUUUUAUUAGAACAUUAGCACAUUUCAACAAACCUCUUAUAGCAGGUGUUAAUGGUGCAGCAGUUGGUUUAGGUGUAACAAUGCUACCUUUUUUCGACAUGGUGAUUGCAAGUGAUAAAGCAACAUUCUACACACCAUAUGCUAAACUUGGACAAGUACCUGAGGGUGGAGCCACAAUGACAUUCCAAUACAUGUUUGGAAAUUGUUUGACAAGUGAGCUGCUGUUUGGGUGUCGCAGAAUAACAGCCAGUGAAGCUUUGCACUUCGGCCUGGUGACACGCAUUUUAUGGCCUGAUCGUUUCCAGGAGGAGCUGAUUCCUAUUGUUCGGGGGGUUUCAGCUCAAUCAACCCAGGCAAUGGAAGCAACAAAGGCACUUUUACGCCAUGGCCUUCGAACUAAGUUAGAGGCUUCACUUGAGUCAGAAAUACACUUACUGGUGCAGCAUUGGUGCACAACUGAAUGUCAGAAUAAUAUUCGUAAUUUUCUGGAAGCUUAUGAAGAAAUCAGCUUGCAGAGACAGCGCAUUGAUCCUGACCUCUAGCCUUGGGUUUGUCCCAUUAGUGCCGUCUGGUCAGAGUCCUCCAGAGGGCAACACUAAUAAUUAUUUAUUGUUGUAAGUGUGUGCUUUAUUUUUAUAGGCAGUUUGUUAUGGUUUGAAAUGGUGGAAUACCUGAUCAUCAUGAUGCAUGGUAAUGACUUUGUUAGGUCUUUGUGACAUUUGUGAUAUUAUUGAUAGAUAAUACAUCACUUUCAUUCUGUUCUAAAGUUUUCUGAAUACAGGUGUACUGUGUGGUUAUACAGAUGCCUUCAUAGAUAACAGUUAAAAAGAUGGUUUAAGUGCUGAAGGCAUUCUUAUCAACAGAACUUUCAUGCUGGGGCCAAGAUUGUAAUGCAGAUUUUUCUUUCUCUAUGAUUUCUGAUUGUUACAGUUGAAGCUGAAGAAGUUGAGUGUUUUGUAACGUGUAAAAGUGUAGUUGUUGAUGAUCUCUCAGAAAUCUUUAUUUUCGUAAGAUCAGUUGAUACGUUGGUGAAUAAUUGUUAAGACAUUUCAAUGUCACCUCUGUGCUCAGGAGAAUUCGGUGUUAAUCCAGUUUACGAAGGAAAGCUAAAUAGUUCAUGUGGAGACAGUGAUAGAUUGUAAUUACUGCUUUCUUGCAUUGUAUAGAAUUGAUAAUUUCAUCUCUUUAUACUUUUGUACAACUUUACAAAGUUGAAAACAAAUAUUCAUUGUUGUGGAUGUUCACAAAAUAAUAAUUUUGUUACAGAUGCAUACCAUUUAAGUUUACACUUAAGUAGUAAUCAUAUAUGCACUUAUUAUCAGAUGUUGACCUGUGCAUACUUCCUUGCACACAGUACUCCUGUUCAUCCUCCUCCUUUUUUAUCUACUUAUUUUCGUUUAACGGUUGUCACUGUGCACUUUAAGAAAUUAAAAUUAAAUUUUCAAAAGUGCCAGAAUAUCGCCUUCCUCUCCACUAACUACACACACACACACACACACACACACACACACACACACACACACAGAAUUGCUAUUGCUUUGAAAUUUUAUUGAAUGAACAUUCAAGAAAGCAUUAUAUUACAGUGAAUGUCGUGACUUGCAAGUACUUCAUCAUUUACUCUGCUGUUGCACAGAUGAGUAAUGUAAAUUUGCAGUGGUAGAAUAUGUUUAAACUAAAAAAAAGAAUUUGUAAAAUGUGAGCCUUAUUAAAAACUGUAAUCUUUUAAUGAUGAACAUUAUGGAAAAAACGAAGUGUGGUGAUAUUUUCACAUUAUACAAGUACAUGUUAUUUUUUUCAGUUUAUGAAAGUGAUAUGUAACUGUAUAUAACUGACAUGUUGUUUGCAAUUUGAAAAUUCUAAUUCAAAAACCAGAUCAUUUUUGCACAUAUAAUGUAAAUAGAAUUGGUUUUAACAAGUCUCAGAAAACAUUCCAAAAAAUCCAUGUAAAUUUAACUGUCACCAAACACUUUUAACACCAGAUUAUGUGUACCUGUACAUUUAUAAAAGAAAUGAUGUACUACAUCAGAUAAAUAUAAGUUAUAAUUUUCAAGUGUUUUAAACCAUGUGGAGCACUUUAUUUCAUUUAUAACUGUGAUGCAUGAGGACAAAGCUGUAUUUUGUCCUUGAUUUUGCUGUAUUAGUAUGACGAUUGCACUUUUAUCAGUACAUGGUAGUGUUGCGUGAGAGUUCAUUAUGAAUAAUUUCAAUAUUGUACAGUGUGCAAAUCAGUAACAGCAGUUACAAACCUUUCUGUGCAGUAUGACAAAAACCUACAAACAGAAAUCUGCUUCUGUCAAGUUUUAGUUACCACACAAGAGAAUUUUGUGUCCUAAAUCAACAAGAGCAGAAAUCUACAAACUGAAUGAAAAUAGAUGAAUUAUCGAGGAUACUUACAGUACGUAAUAUUAAUCAGGUUGACAAUGACACAAAUAGUGGAUGCAUUACCUAUGUUUGGUCUUCAUUUGGUCAUUACAUUCCAGUGUUUGCAUUCCUUUUCUUUCCUUAUGUUCACUGUUAUCAGGGUUUUUAAUUAUUUAUCCUUUUCUUUCCACUGUGUAACAUUUAUUUAAUAUCAUUAGUUACAUGUUUUUUUGUCUUGAAAUUCAGGAAGAUGUUUGUAAAAUUUAUGGUUAUUUGUUACAGAGCACCUUUUAAAUGUACAGGGCUUUCAUCUAUUUUGUUCAGUUCUGUAUCGAUUCUGUGUAUUAUUUCUCAUGUUGUUAUAGCGAAACUACUUUCUGUUGUUGAGAGACUGCACAUUGUUAGUCAUGGUAAUGAUAUAUGUUAAGUGUGUCUUAUGUCAUUCUGAUAUUUCAAUGAUACAAAGUAUUAACAGCAGCGAAGUGGUAUAUGUUUAAAAACUAGGAUUUCAGCAGUAUUCGCAACCACAUGGGUGUUUGCAACUUCAUGGACACUUAUUUGUGAUUAUAGACUGUUUUUGUGCUAGUCUCAGAGGGUAAUAUUCAGUAAAUCUGCACAUGCACCAUGUAAAUAUUAUUAUUCAUGAUAUUAGUGAUUACUAAUGCCAGAUUGAUUUCUACGACCAAUCUUUUGCAUUAGAUCAUUUCGCAUGGACAUAUUUUUAAAUUUUGUUAUGUAUGUAUUUGUCACCAAACACAUAGAUAAUAAAAAAAUUGUUGUUCACAAA